GCGGUCGUUGACCUGUUUCGUCGAACGGAGAUUUUAUUUGCGUUGCAUUGCGCGCAUUAAAAGUUAGGAAAAUCUUUACAGGACGAUCUAUGUUUUAACUAUCUUCGUUCCCCUUAAAUUCAAUGUAUUGUGCUUAACAUUCAUCACAGUAGUAAACAUUUUCUAUUAUUAGGAAACGUAAUAUUCUAUCGGUCUUGCUUUGUAGCAGCAAUAAGCAAGGCGAUGGUACCAAAUCGAAGCGGGAUUUUCAUGAACUACUAUAAUUUUUACAGAGGAAUUCAAUAGCGAUAGAAUUAAUGCAGAAGUCUCAAAUUGACGAAUUCAAUUGUGACGUGUUUGAGGAAAAAUCCACGUCCAGUUCAAAUCACGAUAAGAAAAUCAUACGCAAAAGUUGGCCAUACAUCGACCAAUUCAAUACACGUUCUAGUUCAAGGAAUGCACAAGAGAAUUCCGGCAAAACUUUGGCCAACGCUAAAGAUUUAAUAAAUGUGAAAAGGCGAAGAAAAAGUUUCAGCAAAAGUUGGCCUAACUUGGACGUAUUCGAAAAUAAAAUUAACAAUAAUAAAAACCAAGCCAAUGCUCAAAGGAUAUCUCGAUUAAAAAUGGACAGUGACAACUUGAACGGCUCCGAGAACCGCUACCCGGACGCUGCACGUUUGACAGAUGUCAAACUGUCAGGUGUCAAAUCAGAUUUUUCGAAUGAUUUGGACGCGUACAAUUGUGCCGAAUGCAUUGAGAAGAAAUUUUGGAAUUACAAUAAUGAUUUUAAUGAAUCAGAAAAUCUACAGAAGAAAACGCGCCACCGAGAUUCCUUAACGAUAAACAGGCUGAAAAGAAAAUCGAUAAAACAAAUCGAUACAAGACCGCACUGUUCCCGGAAUAGUCAAGAUUUUUUUACAAUCAAUUCGGAGAACGAUUCAAAUAGAUUAAAUGUUGUUGAAUCCGAUUUGAGAAAUUAUGAAAAAGAUCGUAUUAAUAUCGAUUAUUCGUUUAGCGAAUCUGAUAUUCCGCUACUCGAGAGAGAUACGUCGACCGUGCCUAUUAGUAUAAAAUCGAUAUCGGAUUUGUAUAAUUUCGAUUCUUUAAACGUAUCGAAUAGAGAACGAAGAAAAGAGAAGCGAAAAUCGAUUCAUGAUUUGAUUUUAGAUAAAUUGACGAGAAUUUUAAAUAUUUUGGAAAGCAAUUCAAAGACUCCUUGAAUAUCUAGAGAAAAAAGCAACUUUGCGCGUUCAAAGCUUCAGCUAAUCUAUAGAUAACUUGUUAUUUCUAUACCAACUAACUAGAUCAGUGAAAUAAUCGUAUCUAGAAUAUACAAUUGCAAUCGAUUUAUCUAGUUCGGAUAUGAAGCAGAAAUUAUUCCCGUAACAGCAUAUAUUUUUAUUGGAUGAUCUGGUCACCCCAUUUCCUCAUUAAGUUUUUUUCGUCGCCAGUGUUUCACGUGCCUUUUUUGUGUAAUCCAUCCGAUUAAACCGGCAAAAAGAAUAUAUAUGUUAUAUAAAAAGAGACCACACUCAUGUCUGUUGUCUCUGUCUGUCAUACGAGAAGGGAAAUGGAGCCACAAUUCACUUAAUUUAAACUAGGCAAUAUGAAUCAGAAAUCUCUCAGUGAAAUAGUCGGGAUUCACUAAAAUGUCAUUGUCUUCAUUGGCCUUUUUGUGAGGAGUAUCCCAGAAGCCACGCCUUCCGCCAGCCCUUUUCCCAGACUCGCGUACCAUCAAUACCUUAAAACGCCGAAUCAAAGGACAAGGACGAAAUAAAAGGAUUCACUUGGCACACUGCUAGCGAUGCGCCAAACACCACAUCAAUUGGUCAUACGAACCGCGGCCGAAUUCGCUAUUGUCAAUACGCACCUCUUGAUUUUGUGUCGCGAAAAUCUUACAGUGUACCAGCUUAUCACGAAUCCUUCAGGUAAGUCGUUUCCUGUGAAUGUACAUGACGGCGUGACUGGCAUCACAGAGAGCUCCGCCCCGUUAGGCUGAUCGAGCAAGAGCGUAUUGUGCGACAAU